AUGGCAUUCAUCUCGAGCUCGCUGUCCUCCUCCGCCUCUCUCCUCCUCUCCCUUCUCGCCGUCUACACACUCCUCCGCCUUACCCAUUCCCUCCUCUCACCACUCUGGAGCCCCUUGCGCAACCUCCCUCAUCCAAAAGGCGCCCGCCUCCUCUGGGGUAACGUCAAACAGAUCCGGCGUGCUCCUCUAGGGGAAACCCACGCCCGCUGGGAACGAGAACUAGGCCCCGUGUUCAGUUACAGGCAGACGUUGAGCAAAUGGCGUUUAUGCACUACCGACCCCCGCGCGCUCUCCCAUAUCCUACAAAACGCGUACCUCUACCCCAAGCCAGGGAUGGUACAGCGUUCUCUCUCACGCACGGUAGGUGACGGUCUACUCGUCGCCGAGGGAGACGCACACAAACGGCAAAGAAGAGUCAUGAACCCCAGUUUCUCAUCCCAGCAGAUCAAAGAGGUCGUCCCCGUCUUCUGGGACAAGGCGGAAGAGCUGGCAUCCAUCUGGCACGCAUCUGUCCGUUCAGAGGAAGCGGUGGUCGACGUGAACAACUGGCUGUCGCGCGCGACGCUCGACGUGAUCGGCCUUGCGGGCUUUGGGUACGCGUUCCAGAGCUUGCUGGACGACUCAAACGAGCUUGCACUUGCUGUUGCGCAGCUCUUUCACGUCAGGCGCGUUAGCGUAUUCGCUAUCCUGCGCAACUUCUUCCCCGCACUGCGAUACCUUCCUGUGCAGUCGAACCGCAUCCAGGCGAACGCACAUCGGGUCAUGACCAGGAUAGGGAUGGAGCUCGUAAAGAGGAAGAAGGAGGCGGUGAGGCAGACACUGGAUGGGAAGCGGGAGGAGAAAGAUGUCGUAAGGACCCAGGUGGUGGGGAAGGACCUCCUCAGCGCCCUCGUGCGAGCGAACAUGGCAAACGACGUCACCUCCGCACAGAAGCUGAACGACGAGGAGGUCCUUGCCCAGAUCUCGACGUUCCUCGUUGCAGGGCACGAGACAACGAGUUCGGCUGUCACGUGGGCUUUGUUCACCCUCUCGACGGAUCAAGAUGUACAGAACAAGCUGCGUGCUGAGCUCCUCUCUUAUCCCUCACCGCAGUCAGAUAUGGACGAACUCAGCGCGAUCCCCUAUCUUGACGCCUUUGUUCGCGAAGUAAUGCGCUUCCACGCCCCCGUGGCGAGCACGAUGCGCAUGGCCAGUGCGGCCGAUGAGAUCCCCGUCUCUCGGCCGUACGUUGACACGAACGGCAAGGAACGAACCACCAUCAGCGUGAAGAAAGGAGAUGGGAUCUUCAUCCCUAUCAGAGUGGUGAACCGGUCUACCUCACUAUGGGGACCAGAUGCGGGCGAGUUCCGCCCAGAACGCUGGUUGCGUGAGGUUCCAGAUGCUGCGAACCACAUCCCCGGUGUGUGGGCACACGUACUCUCCUUCCUCGGCGGACCACGGGCAUGCAUAGGCUAUCGCUUCAGUAUCAUCGAGAUCAAGGUCUUCCUCUACGUCCUCAUCAGGCAGUUCACUUUCCAACUCGCGGAUCCGGGGAUGGAGUUCGAGGCAAAGUCGAAUAUCGUCACGAGGCCGGUUGUGAAGGGCGGUCCGAGGGAUGCGCCGACGCUCCCGUUGAGGAUAAGGAGAUACACGGUUGAGGAUACGUAGGC